AUGGUGAACACCUGCACCUAUCUCCCCCUCAGCGGCAAGGUCGCCCUCGUGACCGGCGGCGGCCGAGGCAUCGGGGCCGGCAUUGCCCUCGAACUGGCCCGUCGCGGGGCCUCCGUGGCCAUCAACUACGGCCACAGCGCCAAGUCGGCCCAAGAGGUCGUCGAAGCCAUCCAGGCCAUCGGCCGCCAGGCGGUCGCCAUCCAGGCGGAUCUGACGUGCGUGCCCAACAUCGAGUCGCUCAUCCAGGAGGUCGUCCGCCACUUCGGCCGGCUGGACAUUGUGGUGUCCAACUCCGGCAUGGAAAAGUUCAAGCCCCUGGAGGAGACCACGCUGGAGGACUUCAACGAGGUGUUCAAUCUCAACACGCGGGCGCAGAUGUUCGUCGCGCGCUACGCCUACGACCACAUCCAGCCGGGGGGGCGGGUGAUCCUCAUGUCCUCAAUUGCCGCGGGGCUGGGGGUGCCGGGCCACGCGCUGUACGCGGGCAGCAAGGCGGCCAUCGAGGGGUUCACGCGCUGCUUGGCGGCCGAUUUUGGGCGCAAGGGGUGCACGGUCAAUGCGAUCGCGCCGGCGGGGGUCAAGAGCGACAUGUGGCGGGAGAACGCAUGGCGGUACGCUCCCGGCUGCGACAAGAGCUCGUCGCUGGAGGAGAUCGAGACGGCGCUGGCGAGCGGGAGUCCCUUGAAGCGGUGUGGUGUGCCCGAGGACAUUGGCAAGGUGGUCUCAUUCCUGGCGAGUCCGGAUGCGGAAUGGGUGAACGGUGAGUUCUUCUCCCCCCCUCCAUGCAAGGGUCCCCUCCCCGGUGGGGAUUUGGAAUGCUGA